AUGGUUCUCGAAACACUUGGAACCAAAAUCGUCAAGGCGCUGCAGUCGCUAACCAACCAAGUCGUCGUAGAUGAAACAGCUUUGGAAGCAGCUCUAAAAGAGGUAGCACGUGCCCUUCUCGAGGCUGAUGUCAACGUAAAACAGGUCUCGGAGCUGCGCCAGCGCGUGAAGAACCGCGUUCGACUAGCCGAGCUCCCGCCGGGCACCAAUCGUCGCCGCCUCAUCCACAAAACCGUCUUCGAGGAGCUAUGUCGUAUGCUGGACCCAGGCAUACCGCCCUAUAGACCACAACGCGGCCAAUCAAACGUCAUCAUGUUCGUCGGUCUCCAGGGAAACGGCAAGACUACCAGCUGUGUCAAAGUAGCCUAUUUUUACAAGCGCAAGGGAUACCGCACCGGCCUCGUUUGUGCCGAUACCUUUCGAGCGGGAGCCUUCGACCAACUGCGACAGAAUGCAACACGUGCACGUGUUCCUUUUUAUGGGCGCUACGGUGAGACCGACGCUGUCAAGGUUGCGAGCGAGGGCGUCGAAAGAUUCCGUCGCGAGGGCUUCGAAGUCAUUCUGGUCGAUACGAGUGGACGGCACAAGCAGGAGGCAGCCCUCUUCGCUGAAAUGGAGCAAUUGGACCGAGCGCUGACUCCAGAUCACGUGAUAUUCGUGAUGGACGGUUCCAUCGGUCAGGCAGCUUACGACCAGGCACGAGCGUUUCAACAGCGCGUUCGAGUGGGUUCCGUCAUCCUCACCAAGAUGGACGGCCACGCCCGUGGCGGUGGUGCCCUCAGCGCAGUGGCCGCUACCCAUUCACCGAUCGUGUUCCUGGGCACUGGCGAACACCUAGACGACUUGGAAGAGUUCCAGGUACAGAGUUUUGUCGGACGCCUUUUAGGCAUGGGAGACGUGCGUGGUCUCGUGUCGACCAUUGCGGAGGCAGAUCUGGAGAAUCCCGAUGAGGAGCAAAUGAAUCGCAUUUCACAGGGCAUCCUGACGCUGCGCGAUAUGCAGAUGCAGUACUCGAAUGUGCUGCGGCUUGGGCCGCUGAGCAAAGUCGCCUCCAUGAUGCCGGGCAUGGCGGAGAUACUGCCCAAAGGCUCCGAGAAGGACGCUCAAACUCGAGUGCGGAAUAUGCUCGUCAUUCUCGAUUCCAUGAAUCGGGAAGAGCUUGAUGAAAGUACUUCAGUGCGGUGGGAUGAUUCACGCAAACGUCGCAUUGCUCGUGGUAGUGGUCGUUCUGUGCAGGAGGUUGAUGAGGUUCUCACACAAUACAAACUGAUCAGCAAGGCAUGGAGUCGUAUCGGGAAGAAUAUGAAGCACCUGAUGCAGCCCGGGCACGGCGGCGUUGGCCACGGUACCGGCCCAAACAGCAUACCCAAUAUAGGCGCUAUGGAGCAGCAGAUGCAAAGAAUGAUGGACCCACGCAUGCUCCAACAACUGGGAAGCGGUCCGGGUGGCCUCCAGCGCGUCAUGCAGCAGCUUAUGUCUGGUCGAAGCGGGGCAAUUCCUCGCCGCUAG